AUGGGGAUUCCCGUCGGCCCAGACCUCAGCCGCAACCUAGACUACCAACUCGUUUGCAGCGACCACAAUUCCGCCCUAAUACCUUCCAAACCGCCGAGCCAGCAACUCAAGCACCAAUUGUGUAAUACCUCCCAGCCAUCAGCCCGCUUCUUCGUCCCCGACUCUUUCAUCCGCCAACAACAAGAGGCUGAACUGCAGCGUCGUCGAAUAUUGGCCCAGCAACAGGAACAAAUUCGACAGCAACUCCUGCAACGUCAAUUCCAACAACAGCAGCUCUUCCAGCAGCCCGCACAGCCAAACACGGUAGGAUGUGCCGAUUUCGAUUCGCGAUGUUCCGUCUGGCAACAACACUGCCAGUUCAACGCAUUUGUUGCUCAACGCUGCCCGUUGACAUGUGGUUUCUGUAGAUUCCGUGGGCAGGCCCUA